AUGGAACCCUCUCCCUCUCCCUCUCCAUCAUCAUGGAUAUCCUCUACAGCUUCCUGGCUCUCGUCUUGUCCACCUUCAUCAUCCUCAAACUUCUCUUCUCAGGAAAAGAAAAACUUACCACCUGGUCUACCGGCUAUUCCCAUUCUCGGCCACCUCCAACUCCUCAAACCUCCACUCCACAGAACCCUGCAGUCCCUCUCCUCCCGCUACGGCCCAAUUGUUUUCCUCCGGUUCGGAAACCGUCCGGUCCUCCUCGUCUCCUCUCCCUCCAUUGCCGAGCAAUGCUUCACCCAAUUCGAUGUCAUUUUCGCGAACAGGCCCAAGUUUCUUGCCAGCAAACACCUAGGCUACAACUACACCACCGUUGGGUUCGCCCCUUACGGUGACCACUGGCGUAAUCUUCGCCGCGUCACUUCCAUCCAAAUCUUCUCCGCCACCAGUCUUAACCAUUCCUCCGCCACACGAGACGAAGAGAUCCGUUUCGUGGUCCAAAAACUGUUUCAAAAAUACGAUGGAGCUGCACAGAAAGUUGACCUGAGUUCUUUGUUCCGUGAGUUGGUGUUCAACGUGAUGACAAAGAUGAAGCUGGUGGAUUUGCAGAGGAGGAGAGAUGUGUUCUUUCAAGGCCUGAUUGAUGAGCAUCGACGAAGCAAAGCUGGUUUUUCUUGGUCUGAACAAAAGAAGAUGAUCGUUGAAGACUUGUUGGCUUUACAAGAAGCUGAACCUGAUUGUUACACUGACGAUAUUGUCAAGGGCAUCACUGGUAAGCAUAUUGACAUGUUUUAA